AUGCCAGUAGAGUCAUCGCAGGACACGCCAUUUGUGCAGUAUCAUCCCAGCCGCCACCACCACCACCAUCAUUUCCUGCCAUGCUACGCUGAUGAUUUAGACCUUGUGUCAAGACCAGAUGACCUGUGUCUCACAACUACAGGAGAACGUAUUUCUGCUUCGGCUGCAACAGCUGCUUUGACACUUGAAAGCAACGACAGUCUUAUCAGUACCCAUAGUCCACCACUGAUAAACUUAAGCCCCAACCUCAGCCCGUCUUCAGAGUCGCGGUUUUCACCAUUUUAUGAUUUUAGAGAGACUACCCGCAGACGGAGUGCCCAAGAUCCUCAUAGCAGUAACUACCCAAUGCAACACUCUCCUCAGGUGAUAUCUGGAUACAUUACUGUUGAAGACUCAGGGAGGAAGACAGAAAGCCCAGCCAGGAAGCGCCGCAAGAUUGGAGCAUCCCUGCAAGAGCUGACCAUUUCCAGUAGCCCACCGCCCUACGUGACGCGAGGCACAGCCGACCCUUACUCGGAGUUACGGACUGACAGACGCCGAACUCUGCCCGUACGUCGAGCUUCUGGAGAGCGUGCUCAGACCCCUAGGCCGCGCAGGAG